GAUGAAACCGCGCGCACGCCUUACGCGAGCGGGCGAGCCCCGAGCGCGCCGCAGCCCGAGCCCUCGCGCGCAGACUUUGGUUCGUCACAGUUGAACAGAUCACUUGGAGAGUGCCCGUAGCUCCGUUGCACCAUGUGUGGCAUUUGGGCCCUCUUUGGCAGUGACGACUGCCUGUCCGUGCAGUGUCUGAGUGCCAUGAAAAUCGCACACAGGGGUCCAGAUGCGUUUCGUUUUGAGAAUGUCAAUGGAUAUACCAACUGCUGCUUUGGAUUUCAUCGGUUGGCAGUGGUUGACCAGUUGUUUGGAAUGCAGCCAAUUCGAGUGAAGAAAUACCCUUAUUUGUGGCUUUGUUACAACGGAGAAAUCUACAACCACAAGGCGAUGCAACAUCACUUUGAAUUUGAAUACCAGACCAAAGUGGAUGGAGAGAUCAUCCUUCAUCUUUACGACAAAGGAGGAAUUGAGCAGACAAUUUGUAUGCUGGAUGGAGUGUUCGCAUUUAUUUUACUGGACACGGCCAACAAGAAAGUGUUCCUGGGUCGAGACACUUACGGCGUCAGACCUUUGUUUAAAGCCAUGACUGAAGAUGGAUUUUUGGCUGUGUGUUCAGAAGCUAAAGGUCUGGUCACGCUGAAGCACUCCACAACCCCCUUUCUGAAAGUGGAGCCUUUUCUUCCCGGCCACUACGAAGUGUUGGACUUAAAGCCGAACGGCAAGGUCGCGUCGGUGGAGAUGGUCAAAUACCAUCACUGCAGGGACGAGCCCCUGCACGCCCUCUAUGACGGCGUGGAGAAACUCUUCCCAGGCUUCGAGAUAGAGACGGUGAAGAGCAACCUGCGGAUCCUGUUUGAGAACGCGAUUAAGAAGCGGUUGAUGACAGACAGAAGGAUUGGCUGCCUUUUAUCAGGGGGCUUGGACUCCAGCUUGGUCGCUGCAUCACUGUUGAGGCAGCUGAAGGAGGCCCAGGUGCAGUACGCUCUGCAGACGUUCGCCAUUGGCAUGGAAGACAGCCCCGACUUACUGGCUGCGAGAAAGGUAGCAAAUCACAUUGGAAGUGAGCACCAUGAAGUCCUCUUUAACUCCGAGGAGGGCAUUCAGGCCCUGGAUGAAGUCAUAUUUUCCUUGGAAACUUACGACAUCACAACCGUUCGUGCUUCAGUGGGCAUGUAUUUAAUUUCCAAGUACAUUCGGAAGAACACAGACAGCGUGGUGAUCUUCUCUGGGGAGGGCUCCGAUGAGCUUACGCAGGGUUACAUAUAUUUUCACAAGGCCCCUUCUCCCGAGGAGGCCGAGGAGGAGAGCGAGAGGCUGCUGAAGGAGCUCUAUCUGUUUGACGUGCUCCGUGCAGACCGAACCACCGCCGCGCACGGCCUUGAACUGAGAGUCCCCUUUCUGGAUCACCGCUUCUGCUCCUAUUACUUGUCUCUGCCCCCGGAAAUGCGGAUUCCUAAGAAUGGGAUAGAAAAACAUCUCCUGCGAGAGGCCUUCGAGGACUCCAACCUGAUCCCCAAGGAGAUUCUCUGGCGACCAAAAGAAGCCUUCAGUGAUGGGAUAACCUCCGAAAAGAACUCCUGGUUUCGGAUUUUGCAGGAAUAUGUUGAACAUCAGGUUGAUGAUGCUAUGAUGGAGGCAGCAGCCCAGAGAUUCCCCUUCAAUACUCCGAAAACCAAAGAGGGCUACUACUACCGGCAGAUCUUCGAACGCCACUACCCGGGCCGGGCUGACUGGCUGACCCAUUACUGGAUGCCCAAGUGGAUCAGUGCCACGGACCCUUCCGCCCGCACUCUCUCCCAUUACAAGUCCACUGCCAAAGCUUAGCUGCUUUCCCCAAUGUCCAGGGAGACUAACCGUUCCUUUCGGUGUGAGGGUAAGGGGCUGGGGACGGAUAUGGGGACAGUGAGGGCCAACCACUGAGUCUUGCCCGAGUGGGAACAAAAUAAAUGUCUUGCAUCUACA